ACAGUAUAAAAAGCAGACAUCGCUGCUGCUCGUUGGGUCUUUCUUUGGUUCUUCUUAAUCUGGUGAAGGUCCCAAGUUUAAAAAGUGGAGUUGUGAGCUUUGAGAUCAAGAUGACCAAGCUCACCAUUCUUGCAGGCCUGUGCCUGGUGCUAUGCCAGCUGGCUACUGCCACCCAGAUGGUGUGCUACUUCACCAACUGGUCCCAGUACAGACCAGACCAGGGCAAGUACAAGCCAGAAGACGUGGAUCCCUUCCUGUGCACCACCCUGAUCUACGCCUUCUCCAUCAUCAACAGCAACAACGAACUGGUCACCUACGAGUGGAACGACGAGGUCCUCUACAAGUCCUUCAACGCCCUGAAGACCAAGAACCCUCAUCUGAAGACUCUGCUGGCAGUUGGAGGAUGGAACUUCGGUUCGACCCAGUUCUCCAUCAUGGUGUCCAACGCAGCAAACCGCCAGAAGUUCAUCCAGUCCACGAUCAAAUUCCUGAGGACUCAUGGAUUUGACGGUCUGGAUCUGGACUGGGAGUAUCCAGGAGCUCGUGGAAGUCCUCCAGAGGACAAGCAGAGGUUCACUCUGCUCUGCAAGGAGCUUGUUGCUGCCUAUGAGGCCGAUGCUGCAGCCAACGGCAACACCCAGCUCAUGCUGACCGCCGCCGUGUCUGCAGGGAAGGGAACCAUCGAUGGAGGAUAUGAGAUCGCUGAGAUCGCCAAGUAUCUGGACUUCAUCAAUGUGAUGACCUACGACUUCCAUGGAACUUGGGAGCAGUUCACCGGACACAACAGCCCACUAUUCCAAGGAUCCCACGACCACGGCGACCUUGUCUACUUCAACACUGACUUUGCUAUGAGGUACUGGAGGGACAACGGCACCCCGGUGGAGAAGCUGAGGAUGGGUUUCGCAGCUUACGGUCGUACUUUCCGACUGACAUCAUCAAACACCGGCGUCGGAGCCCCAGCUAGCGGCCCUGCAUCUGCUGGACCAUACACGCGUGAAGCCGGCUUCUGGUCCUACUACGAGAUCUGUGGCUUUGUGAAGGGCACCACCAUCCAGUGGAUUGAAGACCAGAAGGUUCCUUAUGCCACCAAGAACAGCGAGUGGGUGGGAUUCGAUACCCGGGAGAGCUACGAGAUCAAGGUUCGCUACCUGCAGGAGCAGAACUUUGGCGGUGCCUUUGUGUGGGCACUGGAUCUGGACGACUUUGCAGGACGAUUCUGUGGAGAGGGCAAACACCCUCUGCUGUCACACCUCCGCAAGCUUCUAGAUAUUGAGCUGCCCCCAACCACCACUCCUGACCCCAGCAUCACCACCCCCACCACACCUCCCACCACCACCACCCACAAGCCAGGCCCCGGAUUCUGCAACGGCAAACCCGACGGCUUGUACGCCAACCCAGACGACAAGACAAGCUUCUACAUGUGCGCUGCUGGUGAAACCCACAUCAGAUACUGUGGAACCGGAUCCGUCUUUGACGACAGCUGCAAGUGCUGUAUCUGGCCCAAAUGAUGACCUAGAAUGUGCAAGGUGAAUGCUAAUACAAACAAGCUAAUGCAAAAAAAAAAAAAAAAAAAAAAAAAAUCAACAUUUUAUAGAUUCAUAAAUGGGUCUUGCCAGUUUU